AUGACCCGAGGCCAUCGACUAUCUGAUGACCUCCGAAAAACCAUUGUAUACCUACGGAAAACAUGCAGUACCUUGAACGAAAUCAGCCAAAAGUCAAAUUGCAAGAAGCUGACUAUCCAGCGCAUACUGGCAGAGCACCGAAAGACAAAUGGGCCUGGUCAUGAACUCACAGCAGAGCUUCGAGGAAGGAAGCGUAUACUAUCUUUUGAGGAUCUCCGAUUUGUUCAUGGACUGUUAACACAUACUCCAGAUAUGUAUCUGGAUGAGAUUCGU